AUGGAAAUAGAAAUCAUUGGGAUUUCCUUAUCUGAACAUUUGAAAGUUCGAAUCUUUGUGGUGCGUGAGGAGAUGCAGGUUGAUGGAGUCGAGCAGAUGAGGGAAACGGAGAAAUCGUUGAUUUUGUUUUGUAAAUACAAUGGAUUGUGUGCUGGAAUAAAGUUGUCUCGGUCGUCGAGAAUUGGAGAUUUUAUGAAGAUAUUGUGUGGCAAGUUUAGUGAUUUGAGAAGACACUCAUUGCAACUCUUUUAUGCUAUACGUGAUCAUCCUAGUACCAUGUUAUAUAAUGAUGAAGAUUUAGAGGUGAUGUUUGCUGUAGCUGAUAGUAUUGGAUUGAAUUGCAUUGAAGUUACAGUAGUAGAUAGUCGUGGUUUUGAUAGUGGUAUUAGUGGGUGUGGUGUUGAUGUUGGUGCUAAUAGUAGUGGGGUUUUCGAUAGUGGUGGUGCUAGCACUAGUAAGGGCCUUUGUUUCAGUGGGCAAGGGUUAGUCGGCUGUCGGUUGGAAUCAAUGGAAUAUGUAGGUAAAGAGGAUGAUUUGGGAGCUAUGUUUUGCCCGCAUCAGCAUCGGCCAAGGUUGUCCGAUGCGUGGAAAGAGCUUAUUAAAAGUGUUGGUCAGUUGUUUGUCGGGGGUUUGGAAGGUUUUCGUGAUGCAUUGUGUAAAUAUUCAAUUGUUCAUUCUUUUGAGUUUGACUUUGUAAAGAAUGAAAUAGAGAGAGUGACUGCAGUUUGUAAGGUAAAAUCUUGCAAGUGGAAUAUCCAUGCUAGACUUGACAAGGAUGAUGUUCGAGACAAGUCAAAGAAACGUCCUGUUGAUGUUGUUGAUGAUUUGAAGGAGUAUUAUGGGAUGGAUGUGUCAUAUAAUCGUGCUUGGUUAGCUGUCCAGAAAGCCAAGUCAAGUGCAUUUGGAGAUUAUUCAGAUUCUUUUAAUCAACUUCAAUGGUAUCGUAAUGUUGUUCUGAAUUCGGAUCCAAGAAGUGUUUUUGAUGUUGAGCCUGUUUUAUCCGUUGACGCAACGUUCUUGAAGGCAAGGCAUAUGGGAUGCUUGAUGUCUGCUUCAGCUAAAGAUGAUAAUGCAGGUCUAUUUCCAUUGUGCUUUGGUGUGGUUGAUUCUGAGAAUAAUGAUAAUUGGCUUUGGUUUAUGGAGAAGUUGCAUGGUAUUUUGGAUGAAGAUAGAAGGGUUUUUGUUUUUAUAUCUGAUCGUCACAGAGGAAUAAAAGAGGGUAUUGCUAAGGUGUUUCCUUCAAGCUUUCAUGCUUAUUGUCUCUAUCAUUUAAAGGGUAACUUGCGUACUACUUUGGCGUCCACAAAUGUCAAGUAUAAAGAGAGUUUGAUCAGAGUGUUUUCAAAAUGUGCUUAUGCUCCCACUGUGGCAAAGUUUAAUCAGCAUAUGGGUAAUUUGCUGAAACACGGUGGUGCAGCUGUUGUUCAUUUUCUGUCGGAGUUGCCUAAUGAGCGUUGGGCAAAUGUUUUUUUCCCGAGGCAACGUUAUGGAGCAAUGUCCUCUAGUCUAGCUGAGUGCUUUAACUCAUGGAUAUUGAAAGAGCGUGAAUUGCCCGUGGUGGAUAUGGUUGAUCGUAUAAGGAAGAAGAUGAUGAAAUCAAUGUGUUUGAGGAGAGAAAGGGCAAGUAAAUGGGAUCAGGUGAUUUGUCCUUAUGGGGAGUCUCGGUUGGAGAAGUUAUAUGAUUUAGUUAAAACAUGGAAAGUGAUUCCUUCAAGUGCUGAUAUAUUUGAAGUUGACACGGAUCCAUCUGUAUGUGUUGAUAUUGGGAGGCGUACAUGCAGUUGUUGUUGGUGGCAGUUGAAUGCAUUCCCUUGUUGCCACGCUGUCUGUGCUAUCAAAUAUAGUGGUAAGGAUUUGAACUUAUAUGUAAAGCGUUAUUUUCAUGUUGAGAGUUAUCGUUGGGUGUAUUCAAAACCAAUUUACCCAGUUGCGUCAUUGUUGAAAGGUGAUGUGGUUGAUUGUGGUACAUGUAUUCUGCCACCAUUGUCAAAAAAGCCUCCAGGGUGGCCUAAGAAGAAGAGGAUUCGUUCGAAUGGGGAGAAGGUUAGAGAAAUAAAGUGCGGUAGGUGUGGGAAGAUGGGGAAUCAUAACAAACUUACUUGUAAGGAGGAUUUGAGGCCUGGUUUUUAG